CUUAACCCAAUCCCGGGGCCCCCACCUCACUCCCUGAUACAUGAGGAAAUGGAUGAACAGAAGAUCCGAGAACUCAUCAACAAGAUGAUGGAGCUGCUGACUGGAGAGGUUCCUAUAAGGUGUCAGGACGUGGCGGUCUAUUUCUCCAUGGAGGAGUGGGAGUAUGUAGAAGGACACAAGGAUCAGUACAAGGAUCAGGUCAUGAUGGAGGAUCAGCAGCCCCUCACAUCACCAGUCAGAUCCAGUAAGAGAACAGCACCAGAGAGGUGUCCCCGUCCUCUUCUUCCACAGGAUGAUCAGGGAGAAGAUCUGAAUAAUAUUAAUGCUCCAGAGACAGAUGUGAGCAGUGAUGAGCAGUGUAAGAAGGACAUUCCUACAGGGAAAGAAAAUGCUACAGACGUAAAGGAAGAAGAAGAGACAGAUGUGAGCGGUGAUGAGCAGUAUAAGGAGGACAUUCCCACAGGGAAAGAACUGAUCUAUAUUAAUGCUACAGACAUGAAGGAAGAAGAGACAGAUGUGAGCAGUGAUGAGCAGUAUAAGGAGGACAUUCCUACAAAGAAAGAUCUGAUCUAUGUUAAUGCUACAGACAUAAAGGAAGAAGAAGAGACAGAUGUGAGCGGUGAUGAGCAGUAUAAGGAGGACAUUCCUACAGGUAACCGCUCAGAUUCUUGUAGCAGGAGAUCAGAGGAGAAUCUUAUAUCUUCAGAUUAUAAAGCAGAUGAUGAUAUCACACAAGAUACAUAUGAAGAACAUUCCAUUAUCCCAGAUACACCCUCAGCCCUUCACAGCCAAGAUCUGUCAUCUCAUCCUUAUAUACAGGUCCUGUCUUCUCAGUCAUCACAGGAUGUUCAGCAAAAUAAAGGUCAUAGAAGGAGUGUUGGACAUGUAAGAAAUCAUACAGGAAAGAAACCAUAUUCAUGCUCAGAAUGUGGGAAAUGUUUUACUGAGAAAUCAAGUCUUGUUAGACAUAAAAGAACUCACACAGGAGAGAAACCAUUUUCAUGCUCAGAAUGUGGGAAAUGUUUUACUCAGAAAUCACAGCUUGUUCAACAUAAAAGAUCUCACACAGGAGAGAAGCCAUUUUCAUGUCCAGAAUGUGGGAAAUGUUUUACUAAGAAAUCACAGCUUGUUCAACAUAAAAGAACUCACACAGGGGAGAAGCCAUAUUCAUGUUCAGAAUGUGGAAAAUGUUUUCCUGGGAAAAAAAAUCUUGUUCAACAUCAAAGAACUCACACAGGAGAGAAGCCAUUUUCAUGCUCAGAAUGUGGAAAAUGUUUUACUCAGCAAACAAGUCUUCUUAGACAUCAAAUUACUCACACAGGGGAUAACUCAUUUUCAUGCUCAGAAUGUGGAAAAUGUUUUCCUUGGAAAACAUAUCUUGUUCAACAUCAAAGAACUCACACAGGGGAGAAGCCAUAUUCAUGUUCAGAAUGUGAGAAAUGUUUUACUAUUAAAGCAAAUCUUGCUGUACAUCAAAGAACUCACACAGGGGAGAAACCAUUUUCAUGUUCAGAAUGUAGAAAGUGUUUUACUGACACAUCAGGUCUUCUUAAACAUCAAAGAACUCACACAGGGGAGAAGCCAUUUUCAUGUUUAGAAUGUGGGAAAUGUUUUACUCGGAAAUCAGCUCUUCUUCAGCAUCAAAGAAUUCACACAGAAAAGAAGCCAAUUCAGAGCUGUAAAUGAUGCAGAUAACACAUCUAUAUAUUAAC